CACCAGAGCACCGCUUAGCAACAAGACCUCGCGAGAAGCCCCGCGAUCACAGCAACAAGACAACCAAAAUAAAGUGAGCACAACAAACCCGGAGCGCAUGAUGGCGGCGUCGCUGCUGCGCCGGGACAAGAAAUCCACCGCCGCCCAUCUGAAGGCAGACCUCAAGCGGACUGACAACAGCUCAGGGUUGCGGCAGCUGCAGGAGCUGCUGGAUAGCGUGCUGAACCCGGAGCGGGGCUCGGACCCGGAGGCGCUAGAGUGGUGUAAAUGGCUGCUGGCCGGAGGGGACGGCUUCGACGAGUUCUGCCGGACCGUCAGAUCCUACGAUAACGCCACCCUCUGCGGGCUGGUGUGGACUGCCAACUUCGUGGCCUACCGUUGCCGGACUUGCGGCAUCUCGCCGUGCAUGUCGUUAUGUGCGGAGUGCUUCAAUAACGGCGAUCACACGGGCCAUGAUUUUAACAUGUUCCGGAGUCAGGCCGGCGGGGCCUGUGACUGCGGGGACGGGAACGUGAUGAGAGAGAGCGGGUUUUGUAGUAGGCAUCGGUUAAAAACAGGAGAGAAUGUGCCAUCAGUCCCUCGGGAUCUGCUGCUCAUGUCUGAGAUGGUGCUGCCACGGUUUAUCAUCACUAUCAUUCAGUACCUGAGAGACGGCUACACUGAGCCAGAGUCGGCCGCUGACAGAGAUCUGCAGAAGGUUCUGCAGCAGUUAGAGCCGCACAUAUCGUUCUUAGAAGAGCUGACCAAGAUGGGCGGGGCCAUGCGCACUGUUCUCACCAAGAUCUUAACCAAUCAGCAGACCUUUAAAGAACUGAGCAUGGGUCAAGAGGAGAAUGUUUAUGCAAAGAGGAACUAUGAGAAGUAUCUGUCGGCACUGAAGAGUUCAGGUCUGGUGUCGGUGGAGGAGAAAGGAGCAGGAGGAGCUGGUGCUGGGGCAACAGACACUCCGGCAGGAGCAGGAGCGCUCAGUCUGCUGGGAGCUACUGCUGCUGCCAGUCUGGAGGACUCUAGCAAAGAGGAGGAUCAGGAUGGGCUGCAGGGUGUGGGACAGAGGAAAAGAGUGAAGCUCAGUAGCAGUACCAAAGAUCCAUCCAUAAUGGACACUCUGAAACAUAAAUGUUUUUUAGAAGAGUUAUUGUUUUGGACAAUUAAGUAUGAAUUUCCACAGAAGAUGGUCACUUUUUUGCUCAACAUGUUGCCAGAUCAGGAUUACAAGAUCACGUUCACUAAAACAUUUGUACAACACUACGCCUUCAUCAUGAAGACCCUCAUGAAGAGCCAUGAGUCUGACACCAUGUCCAACCGUAUCGUUCACAUCAGCGUGCAGCUCUUCAGUAACGAGGAGCUGGCGAGACACGUCACAGAGGAGUGCCAGUUAUUGGACAUCAUGGUCACUGUGCUUCUCUACAUGAUGGAGAGCUGCCUUAUCAAGAGCGAACUGCAAGAUGAGGAGAAUAAUCGUCAUGUGGUGGUAAACUGUGGUGAAGCUCUACUGAAGAAUAACACCUACUGGCCUUUAGUUAGUGAUUUUAUUAAUAUCCUCUCACACCAAAGUGUGGCCAAGCGCUUCCUGGAGGAUCAUUCUCUGCUGCUGCUCUGGAUGAGUUUCGUCUCCUUCUUCCAAGGAAUGAAUCUGAAUAAGAGAGAGCUGAAUGAGCAUGUGGAGUUUGAGUCUCAGACGUAUUAUGCAGCGUUUGCAGCUGAGCUGGAGGCCUGUGCUCAGCCCAUGUGGGGUCUCCUCACACACUGCAAAGUCAAAGAGACCCAAGAGUACACUAAGACAGUGGUGCGGUACUGUCUGGAAACUCUUCAGAUGUGGUUUGAUGCCAUUGGGUUUGUAGAUGAGCCUGCCCUCAACCAGCUGACCUUUCAUUUACCUCUCCAUCGAUACUAUGCCAUGUUCCUCAGCAAGGGAGUGAAGUGUCAAGGUCUGGAUUUGGACAGUUUGCUUCCUGAUCAGGAGAUGCUGAUGAAGAUCAUGGUUCACCCUCUUCAGAUACAGGCUAGCUUGUCUGAGAUCCAUAGUAACAUGUGGGUGAGAAACGGACUGCAGAUUAAAGGUCAGGCCAUGACCUAUGUCCAGUCUCACUUCUGCAACUCUAUGAUUGACCCGGACAUCUACCUCCUGCAGGUGUGUGCAUCUAGACUGGAUCCAGAUUACUUCAUUUCCUCAGUGUUUGAGAGGUUUAAGGUGGUGGACUUGCUGACGAUGGCGUCUCAACAUCAGAACGCAGUGCUGGACUCAGAGCAGGAGAGACCCAUGCUGGAGGGAGCGCUCACCUUCUUGGUCAUACUGAGCAGUCUCCGAAUACACUUAGGAAUGUCUGAUGAUGAGAUUUUGAGAGCGGAGAUGGUGUCACAGUUGUGUAUGAAUGAUCGUACCCACAGUUCCCUGCUAGAUCUUAUCCCGGAGAAUCCGAACCCUAAGAGCGGCGUGGUGCCGGGCAGCUGUAGUUUUGAGGAGAUGCUGUCUGCUGUAGCUGAUUUUAAAGCCCCGGUGUUUGAGCCAGGAGGAUCAAUGCAGCAGGGCAUGUACACACCUAAAGCUGAAGUCUGGGAGAAAGAGUUUGACCCUAUAAUGGUGAUUCUACGCACAGUGUACCGCAGAGACGUGCAGUCGGCCAUGGAUCGAUACGCAGCAUUUUUGAAACAGUCAGGCGUUCAUACGGGGAAUCCCUGGCCGCCCUAUAAGGAGAGGACCCCCCUGCACCCCUGCUAUAGAGGACUGGUGCGCCUGCUGCACUGCAAAACCCUACAUAUUGUCAUCUUUACACUGCUUUAUAAGAUCUGGAUGGAUCAUCAGAACAUGUCUGAACAUGUGUUGUGUAUGGUGCUGUACCUGAUAGAACUCGGACUUGAUAAUCAGGUCCAGGAUGACAAAGUAGAAGAGGAGCCCUGUAUUGAGGAGCACUGCCAUGACAGCUGGUUCCCAGGCACAAGCCUGCUGUCUAACCUCCAUCACGUCAUCAACUUUGUGCGGGUUCGAGUGCCAGAGACAGCUCCUGAGGUGGAGAGGAAGAGAGAGAGGGAGAGAGAGCGGGAAACUCCACCCAGCACCAGCUCUGAGAGCACCACCUUUGGACAGAGUUCCAGAAGGCUGACAGGAAAUUGGAGAGAGAACCUGCGUGAGGCUCAAGUGUUCAGUCUAGUGGCGGAGCGCAGGAGGAAGUUCCAGGAGAUCAUUAACCGCAGCAACCACGAGGCCAGUCAAGCGGUGCGGCCCAAGUCCUCGUCCUCCCGCUGGCUGCCGCCGGGCUCACCCCCGCAGCUGGUGACAGAGAUCUUGGAGAUCCGUGAGAGCAUGCUGUCACUCCUGGUCAAACUGCACCAAAAACUGUCUGCCAAGCAGAACUCUCUGUCUCUGAGUUGGUUGGCCGAGGUGGAUCCGGCCCAUCACGCACAUGGAGAUGGUUUAACAGCCAUCGAAAGAAUCUUGGCCAAAGCUUCCGCCCGUAGCCGGCACAGCAAGAGAUGCCUACAGGAAAUCUGUGGAAAGGUGUGUCCGCCCAUACCACCCAAGAAGAACAGUCCUGGAGAUAAGAAGAGUAUGGACAAGGAAGAAAGGCGUCAGAGGGCCAGAGAGAGACAGCAGAAGCUGCUGGCGGAGUUUGCCUCCAGGCAGAAGAGCUUCAUGGAGACUGCCAUGGAUGUUGAGUCACCUGAAACAGAUGCAGUGAUGGACAUGGGCUCGGCAGAACCUUUGGACUCUGAGGUUCUGUAUGACUGUGUGAUCUGUGGUCAAAGCGGACCGUCCACUGAAGACAGACCCACAGGAUUGGUGGUAUUGCUGCAGGCUUCAUCAGUGUUGGGGCACCGUUGUCGUAGUGACACGCCAAAGCGAUUGCCCACUACAGAUGAGGAGCACAUCUACCCUGAGGACACAUGUGGAGCGACCAAUGACGUUAGACUGUCCCUUAUGCAACGCUACUUUAAAGAUAGUUCCUGUCUGCAGUCUGUGUCUGUUGGGUGGGACGGUGGUGUAUAUGUGCAGACGUGCGGCCACACUCUGCAUAUAGACUGUCACAAGUCCUACAUGGAAUCUUUACGGAAUGAUCAGGUUCUUCAGGGGUUUUCUGUGGAUAAGGGCGAGUUCACCUGUCCACUGUGUCGUCAGUUCGCCAACAGUGUUUUACCCUGUCGUCCUGGCCGUGGGAUAGAGACGGGCGCCUGGCACAUGCCCAGUAACAAAAGCAUGUCCACACUGGUGAAGGAAGUGGAGGACCUUCAGGAGCAGCUGGGCAUUUUCCCAGUAAGCGCCAGCGUAAAGCAGAGAGAUCCUAUACUGGCAGAGUCGAACCUGAGUAAAGAGAUGGAAUCUGUUAUAAAGGAUAUUAAAAACACCACACAGAAAAAAUACAUGGAUUAUGGGAAGAACCCAGGGUCACCUGACAAUGACUUCUUGUUCAUGUACUCCGUGGCCAGGACAAAUCUGGAGUUAGAGUUGGUUCAUCGUGGGGGGAAUCUGUGCAGUGGGGGGGCCAGUGCUGCUGCCAAACGCUCCUGUCUCAAUCAGCUGUUUCAUGUGCUGGCCAUGCACAUGCGUCUCUACAGCAUAGAUUCAGCAUACAACCCCUGGACCAGACUCACACAGAGCACGCACAGCAGAGAGACUGAGUUCUGUGAUGAUGAACGUCCCGAGGUGCCCAUGCUCUUCAGAGACGUCCCGUCCCUCCUCAUCAUCUUCAUCCUCACCAUGCCACAGCCUUUACGCAAAGAGCACUUCACGUGUGUGGUGAAGGUGUUGUACAGUCUGCAGUACACACAGGCUCUGGCCGCUCUGUCUAUCAGAUUCAGCUGUGAGGAGAGACUCGCCUGGAGCAACACAGGAGCUGCCAAGAAGAACAUGCCAAACUCUGACAAAUCAUGGGAGUCUCUCCUGGGUCACGUGAUCUCUGAGCUGACGAAGGCCAAAGAUGUGUACGACACCAACUCUGAGGAAGCAUUAAUGUUGAGCUCCAGUGUGUGGUCUCCUCAGUCCAUUGAGUUCACCCUACAGCAGUUCUGUCUGCCCUUCCUGAGACUGUCCUGUUUACUGCAGCACCACCUGUAUGGAGACAGCUUACCCGGCUGCCAGGUGGAGGAGGAGUUUUCUCUGCUGACCGGGUGUCUGAAUUUGGCUGGUUCUGUUCAGUCCAGUGGAUCCAUGAGCAGCGCAGCGUGUCUGGAGUGGAACUUCAAUGCUUUCGAUCUGAUUAACCAGUGGUGUUCAGAGGUCAUCGCUCUGUCCGGUUCACCCUCCCAGCAGUCUGUGUCUCUGUUAGUUCAGGAUCCGCAGUGGGCCGCUCCUCGCCUCCUGCACCUCCCAGACAAUUACAACACCAUCUUCCAGUACUACCACAGGAAAUCCUGCACCAGCUGCGGCAAGACCCCCAAAGACCCUGCGCUCUGCUUGGUGUGCGGCGCGUUCGUCUGUCUGAAGGGUCACUGCUGUAAACAGCAGGGCGUCUGUGAGUGUGUGCUGCACUCCCAGCACUGUGGAGCAGCGACCGGUAUCUUCCUGCUGGUAAACGCCUCAGUCAUCAUUAUCAUCCGAGGGCAUCGCUUCUGUCUGUGGGGGUCUGUGUAUCUGGACGCUCAUGGAGAGGAGGACAGAGACCUACGUCGAGGCAAGCCUCUGUAUUUAUGUGAGGAGAGAUACCGCGUCCUGGAGCAGCAGUGGGUCUCGCACACCUUCGACCACAUCAACAAGCGCUGGGGUCCCCACUACAAUGGACUUUAACAUUGCAGCCCACAUCCUGGAGAGGACAGGUCACAUGAUGUCAGCGCAAGCCUCUGUGUCGUCCUCUGAUGAUUUCUGUCGUGUAAUAUAAAGAGAACCUGCAUUGAGUUGGCCACAGCCUGGGUUCAUGUGAAGUUUAGUGUACAAUCAAGGCUAAUGACUAACAGCGUGUGCGUGCGUGUGUUUAAAAGUGAUUUUUUCGUGUGGAUUAAUAGGGGAGAAUUUUGUUUUGUCCCAGCAAGCUCACAGUGAAAGCACACUGAGUUAAUUUGUGUCAAUCCUGUUAGACGCACAAGUGGAAAAAAUGCUCCCAUUCUGUAAUAUUUGGAAAACUGAGAUUUUUGAGGAGAGAGAUUCUUGGAAAAGAACUAUUCUGACCAAUGUUAAACAAAUCAUGUACAGAUAUCAGAAUUAAUAUCAAAACCUUGAAUGCUAAAGGUACCAAGACUCUCAACAUAUCCCCCCGCCACCCCAUGACCAGUGCGAUGUGUAGUCAUGUCAUGUCAUGUCAUGCUAUUUAAGUUUAAACACAUCUCAUAAGACUGACUGUGAGUUGAAAAGCAGUGAAUGAGACAAAAUAUAAACAGAUUAGAGCUAAAGCACGAUUUGUCUCUGAGUCGAGGUGUAGUUGCAGUCAUCCUCAGGUAUUUUAUUUUUUGUUUGUUUUUGUUUUGUAGUCUCAGAUAAAAGAUUUUAAUAUUUAAAAAGUGCUGCUAUUCAUUGUUUGAAAAAAAAAAAAAAAAAAAAAAGUAAAUUAUACCUUUGUAAAAAAAAAAAAUAUUUUUACAAUUUUCAUCUUUUUUUUUUUUUUUCUUCUUUUUUUUCUAAUGAAGGCUCUGUGUUUGAUGGUGGUUGGCUGGUCUGUUGAGUUUAUUAUAAAAAAAUAUUCCCCUGCAACCUUGUACAGCAUUUCUUGGCACAUUUAUAUUUAAUGGCUUGAGACAGAACAAGUCUUUAUGGUCUGUGGCUCUUUCCCUCGCAUAAAGGUUAUCAUUUUCUCACUCAAGGCCAUUUGAAAAUAAUAAAUACAAGUAAAAUCAAAAAGAAAAAAAAAUGGUAACACUUUACUUAAAGCCUUUAUAUACUGUAUUAUGCAUUGUAAAAGUAUUUUAAUGCUUUAAUUAUGCCUUGUAAUGCACAUUCUUUGUUCUCAUCAAUAAUUGUAACCACAGUUAAAAUGCAUUAUAAUACUUGUAUAUUCAUUGUUACACUUUUAGAAAGUGUAAAAACACAUGACAAAUCAAUUUCAGAUGUAACAAGGAAUCUGUAAAUAUUAUAAGGCAAUUUAACUUUGGUUACAAUUAUUUAUGAAAAGAUAUAAUGCAUUAUAACACGCAUUUUGAAUACUUGUACUGUACAUAAAGGCCUUAAGUGUUACCAAAUAUUUUUGCAUUAUUUUUUUGCAUCAUUUUCAUCAAACACAUUUCUCAUUAAUGUAAUGCAUCUUGAAUUUUUUCUUGUUUCUCAAUAGUGUUUUGGCUUUACUGUAAAGAGUCGUCAGAUGUGCUUGAAUUGUCAGGAAAAUAAUGCAAUGCAAUUGCAACGCAAAAAAAAUAAAAAUGUAAUGGUUCUAAAAAAAAAAAAAUAAGCUUAGCUUUUAAUGCAAAAUAUAAUUUAUUAUUUUUGACUAAGGGUGAAAUAGUGAACUGGGAAUGUUUUUGGCAAGUUUCUUGAGAUUCACCUCACUAUAGCCCAAAAAUCUGACCACAGACCCAAGAAGUCAGUUGUCACUCAAGGUCUUGAUUGUCUUUCCCAUAUUCUAAUUACAUGAUAAUGCCUAGACUGGUGUCAGAUGGUCCAUAGGGGGCAGUGUUCUCCAUUACACUGAGCUCUGGUUCAAAGAGCCUCAUCACACAACUCCUCAUAUAGAUGUCCUGUUGGGCUUAUGUAUCUACAGGCUCAGUUGGCAACAAACCUCUGAAGUUAAGAAAGCUCUUAGUAAUAAUCUUCUUGACUUUGUGUUUUGUAGCAACUGGCUGCCUGAGUCUAAUUUCUCCUCCUCUAGGAUUUUGCAGGUUAUGAAGUUUUCUUGUUUAAAGAUAUUAUUGUGAUAUUAAUUUGAUGCACACACCACUCAGAUAUUGAAUUCCUGAUCUAAAGUGUUUGAACUCGGCCAGGUUGUGUGUAUCUCCUUUGUGCAAAAGAAUCAGACCAAAUAAAAAAAUUAAAAAAAAAAGUUUUAAUGUUAUCAAAAAGAAAGGAAAAAGGAAAAAAAGUUAUUUGGUACAUUAUACAAAUAGAUAUUUAGUGAAGGCUAGUUUUCCAGUCAGAUAAAUGCGGUGUUCCUCAAGGCUCUGUCCUCGGACCAUCUUUGAUUGUGUAAUCUGAUACUUUGGAGAGGGCAUUAUGUAUGCACAUGUUAAUUAUUUGAAAAUGCGUUAAACUGGAUCACAUCAAAUGUAAUAUUACAGCCCAGUCCGGUGAUGGACCUGUAUAGUAUGGCACACAGUUUCUUUACUUUAUGCAGCUCCUCUGUUAGCAGUUUCCUCUUUUCAUCUUUUCCCCCUUAAAAAUUCAGAUCAAGCUUCACAUAAACAAAAUAUUCCCAGUUUAAACAUUAUAAUAAUUUGCCUUGUGUGACACCAAGAGCUCUCAAUGUGGUGUCACAAUCAAAAAAAUGUCCUUGUGAAAAUUAUAUUUAGUGCAAUUACAGGGACAUGUAACGUCCAGCUAUAUUGAGGGCAUUUUACUUUUAUUUCUUUCCGAAGACAGACAAGCACCCCCCAAAACCACACACAUAUUCAGACACACACACCAGGAAAAGCAUGUUUGGUUUGUAUUGAUCAGUUUGAUUGGUAGGUGUUGAUUAUCAUUGCUGCAAUCAUGCCAUGCUGGAUGGAUGUUUUCGGUGCACUUGAAGGUAGCUUCUUUUUGUUAUUUUGUCUUUAUUUCUUGCAUGCUGCUGUUUUUUCCGUUUUCCCUUCUUUGAGAGUUCUUUCUUUCCCCACUUUGUAUAGACAGACAGUUGUGCUAAGUGUGAUGGGUGGAUAAUGCUGGUGUGUUCUCCUGCGGUGGAUGCUUGUCAGGCAGGCAGUAAUACAGUACAUUACUGUAGGUGCUGAUUCAGACUUUAUGAUGUCAUCUCUGAAAGGGUGACUUUUAAUGACAUUUAAUGCAAAAUGUAACAUAUGUGAAUAAAAUAUACAGAUGCUCUGAAA